GAUGACGGACCGGCCUCACCGUCGUCUAUCUUAUAAAAAAAAGUACAGUACUCCUCCGGGAACUUCUUCAGCGAUUUGAUACAACCGCCUGGCGAAGAACUCUCUGGAAGCCUCAAAUCCAUGAUCACCUACCUCCGGUCAAGCAGACGCCGUGCGUAACGAGCGUGAAUCCACAUUUCACCUCCGGCGGAUUAUCCUCAUUACAAGGGUCGAUCGUAGGGUUCAUGACAAUCCGCUGUCGAUUAAGAUCCGAUCCUUCUAUUAUACUCAUCUUGUAUAGUUCGGUUCUGAUCAGCUGGAUUCCUGAACUGAUUUCGGCAGCCGUGGUUACACUUGAUUCAAUUCAAAUAUACAAGACUCAUGAGCUAUUUGGUCGCAGCCCGACCGUUUACUUUCAGUGUAAAGGUGAAAACAAGACGGUUUUGCCUGAUGUGAAGAAAAAAGGCAUUUUGUAUGAGUUCAAAGGUGAAGAGUCUUGGCAGCCUUUGACACACCUCUUAGAUAAGAAAUGCAAGCGAUGUGGAUUCUACGAGGAGGACACCAUAAAAUCAGAUGACGUGUUUGACGAGUGGGAAUUUUGCGCGUCUGAGUUUACAAGUGCUGAUGGAAAAUACACACAUUUCAAAGAGAAAGAGUUCAAUGCAACAUUUUUGUGUCCAGACUGUGUCCCUCUUGUAGGCGCACCGGUUCACUCCAUUUCCCAAAAUGAUAAAGGGGGAAUGAAGUGGACAUUAGCAUUGCCAAUUGCAAUUUUGGUCUCGGUGUUUUUGGUUCUUGGAGGGAUAAUUGCUUACAAGUAUUGGCAGAAGAGGAAAAGACAACAGGAUCAAGCACGGUUUCUCAAACUAUUUGAAGAGAGCGACGACAUGGAGGAUUAUGGGUUAGGGCUUGUAUAGCUAACAAAGUGAGCAAUGGAAGGCUCUCUACAUGUAAGCUGUAUAGAACUAUUGCACUGUACACUACAUCGACAUGAAAAGCUAAUUUUCCUCAAAUUGUCACUCGUGGUAUAUUAUCUAUCCUUUUUUAAACCUUUAUUUGUAGCAAAAUAGAAUGAUGCAUUUUUA